AAUGAAGAAAAAUUAUUCAACGAAUGACGCAUUGUAAGAAAUAAUUAAACCAACGCCAUAUACAAAACAAAAUAAAUCAAUCUUUUGUAUCGUAUAGCAACCUGGAAAGAAAAAGAAGUACUGUUAUAAAAAAAGAAAACAAAAAGAAAAAACAAAUUUUCUAAACUUUCUCUUUAUGUUCAAAUACAUAUCAUGAGAAUAUGAUUUAAAGCGUAUAUGAGCUCGCAAGCGGAUAAAAUAUUUUUUGCAGACACACAAAAUUAUCGUAGAAAAAAUAAUAAUAUUUAACAAUAAAAAAACAACGAGUUAACUGCUGUGUUCAUUGCUUAUUAUGCACUAAAAAUUCGUGGGCGUUUUAUAUGCAUUUUUUAAGCACAAAUAAAAAAAUUCGAUCUAUGAUUAAUGAAAUAUUUGCGUAAAUAUGAAUGCGCAAACUAGCAUAAAUGGUGAUCUGGAGACAGCCCCCAUUGCUGCAGCCCGUCGACCCCCCUCUAUGCUUCGUUCCUUCGGUAGUCUUUUCGGCUCGAACAAUGGAGUAAAUAGACGCGUUGGUACCCCGCAAGGGAUAAAUGGCUAUGUUGAAUUCGGUAAUCCUGAGCGCACUGGCCGCACUCUUGGGACAUUUGCUGGUGUCUUUAGUCCUGUGGCAUUGUCUAUGUUCAGCGCCUUAGUAUUUAUACGUGUAGGCUUUAUUGUGGGCAAUGCGGGUUUAUAUGUUACGCUGUUGCAAUUUUUUAUCGCUUACAUGAUAUUAUUGUUCACUGUGGCUUCGGUAUGCGCUAUUUCCACAAAUGGAGCAGUUGAAGGCGGCGGUGUCUACUUUAUGAUCAGCCGUACACUUGGUCUUGAGUUUGGUGGUUCGAUUGGAACUUUGUUCUUUUUGGCUAAUAUUGUGGGUUGCGCUAUGGCGAUUACUGGCUGCACGGAGGCUAUGAUGAGUAAUUUCGGUCCAGGUGGCUAUUUCGCUGCUUUCAUACCGGACGGUACUUGGUGGCGUUUCCUAUUUUGCACCGUCAUAAACACUUCAAUGCUGAUUGUGUGUCUGAUUGGCGCUGCUCUAUUCGCAAAAACAUCUGUAUUGAUUUUAGGUAUUGUCACGGUUGUGCUACUGUCAACCUACAUUAGCUUUCUGGCCGUGGAUGAAAUGACUAUUAGGAAGCCAGGCGAGAACACAUUACUUCCGAAUGGAACAAAUUUAACCUACACUGGCCUUAGUGGUGACACAUUGGCUGGAAAUCUUUAUUCUCAUUACGGCCAAGAUUAUACUUCAGAUGGCAAAACGGUAGACUUUGCAACAACUUUCGGUGUACUAUUUGCUGGGGUAACGGGUAUAAUGGCUGGUGCGAAUAUGUCAGGUGAAUUAAAGAGUCCGUCAAAGAGUAUCCCAUGGGGUACCUUAUCGGCUGUGGCCUUCACCUUUGUUGCUUACGUGAUAUUGGCAUUUUUAAUGGCCUUCACUACGCCGGCGAGUACAAUGCAAAACAAUUAUCUCUUCUUGAUGCCGAUCAAUUUUUGGCCGCCAUUUAUUGCCAUUGGAAUAUUAACGGCUACCUUCUCUACGGGACUGUCGAAUUUGAUUGGAUCUAGUCGCAUAUUGGAAGCAUUAUCAAAGGAUCAAGUAUUUGGUUCAUGGUUGAAUUUUAUCGUAAAAGGCACAUGGAAAGGCAAUCCAAUUGUGGCUGUUGUAAUAAGCUGGGCUUUAGUUGAAGCUAUACUUUUGAUUGGUUCUUUAAACACCAUUGCCCAAGUUAAUUCGGUGCUUUUUAUGCUCUCUUAUCUUGCCACUAAUUUGGCCUGUUUGGGUAUUGAAUUGACGGGUGCUCCGAAUUUUCGCCCUCUAUUUAAAUAUUUCACUUGGCAUACGUGCUUGUUUGGCUUACUAGGCACACUAAUAAUGAUGUUCGUUAUUAAUCCAAUUUACGCUUCGCUGAGCAUAAUAUUGUGUUUACUGUUAGUUAUUGCAUUGCAUCUAUUUUCACCAGCGACGCAAGCGGCACAAUGGGGCUCCAUAUCUCAGGCAUUAAUGUUUCAUCAGGUACGAAAAUAUUUGUUAAUGCUGGAUCCGCGUAAAGAUCAUGUAAAAUUUUGGCGUCCGCAAAUGUUACUCUUGGUCUCUUCGCCACGCUCCUGUUGCCCAUUAGUGGAUUUUAUUAAUGACUUAAAAAAGGGUGGUCUUUACGUUAUCGGUCACGUUAAGGUCGGCGAUGAUGAUGAUGUUGAGGAAAAUAAGCGUUGGCUUUUAUAUGUAGACCAUAUGCGUGUGAAAGCUUUUACAGAAAUCACUUACGCCAGUUCUAUACGAGAAGGUGUACAGCAUUUAAUACGUCUGUCUGGUAUUGGAGCUAUGAAACCAAAUACAAUUAUUUUGGGUUUCUAUGACAGUGAAACUCCGAAGGACUUCUUCCAAACUGGUACUUCCCCUUACAAAACGGAUGGAUUCAAUAUAAGCGGCUUGCCCGACUUUCCUAUUCGACGUGAUGGUGAAACCAAACAAAUCGAUAUGAAGGAAUAUGUUUCAAUUCUUAGUGAUAUUUUGCGUAUGAAAAAAAACUUAUGUUUAUGUCGGCAUUUUCAUCGUUUAGAUAAAGAUUUUAUAACCAAAAGUAAACAUAUUAAAUAUAUUGAUGUGUGGCCCAUUAAUGUUUUCAAUCCUAAAACCGAGGACCCCUUCGAUGUUGUUUCAUUGUUUAUGCUGCAAUUAGCUGUUAUCAUUAACAUGUUGGCGAAAUGGAAGCAUUUGCGUUUGCGCGUCUUUCUAUGUGAAACAAACAAUACCAAUAGUACUACCUUUGAAACUCAUGAUGAUACUAUUCCUCAAAUGGAAAUUUUUAAUCGUACAAAACUUGAACAAUCUUUAAAGAGUUUAAGAAUUAAUGCGGAUAUCUUAGAGAUUGAAGAUUGGGCGCGUGAUACUGAGUUUAGUCGUCAUUCUCGUUUACUAAAGCACUUUAUUAGCCAAGCUGAGCAUUCGGGUGACAUCUUAAGUGAAGAAAACUUAAAUCGUUCCUUAUUGUACAUGCAGAGGGUAAAUAAGAUUUUACGAGAGCGCUCUGAUCAAACGGCGGUAUCCUUUAUUUACCUUGCUGCUCCACCUAAAGUUGAUCAUCCCAACUUCAAUGAACUUAGUGCGCGUUAUAUUGAAUUAUUAACAGAGCUAACCGCUGAUAUGCCGCCAACAAUACUGGUGCAUGGUGUUAGUACCGUAACACUUACUACCCUUUAAUAGUCGGAAAUCUUCCAGUAUUUGGACCGUAACGGAAAACUCGACGCUAAAAAAAAACCUGAAUUAUAUAAAUAUUACCACUUUCGAUAUAAGUUUUAUAAGUUUACACUUUUGUAUUCUCUCGCUCGGGUUGCUAUGCCAAGAGGAAGUCGAUGAAAAAUUGUGGUUUUCAAGCUACAGUGCUUCCCACCCAUACAUCUGCAUCUGAAACUUACUAAAAACAUUUCAUAAUUGCUUGCUCGCAAUUUAACGUUAUGCACUCUAAAAUCUAUGUACAGUUGUUUUAAUAUGUUUUAAAAAGCUUGAACAUUCGAAUAUUGUCUUCAUUUUAAAUGAUUGGCAUUUUGAAAUUUAUAUAUCUUAGUUUGAUGUUUUUCCGUCAUUCGAUUUUAGUAAAUUUUUUUAUUGUACAGAUUAAGAAAAAUUUAGAAACAAAUUCCAACCUAUAUAUAUAUACAUAUAUAUAUAUAUAUAUACAUAUAAUAUAUUUAAGUAGUAUUAUGAACGCAUAGUAGUUUAUUAAAAGCACAUAACAUCCACAUCAAAAAAAUGUAAAAAUGUGCAAAAAGGAUACAUGUAUCUGGAAAACGAGAUCUUCAAAUCACUUUAAACCUACGAGACGACACCCACACAC